GACCCGGACCCACCGUCCAUCACACCGUCCCCCGGAGGAUGAAAGGUCGUGGCUGCCGCUACACCCUGCUGGCCGGCCAGCUGGACGAAGACGAGGACCGGGCCGCGGCGGCGGGCCCCGCUGACCCGGCGCCCGUGGGCGAGGAGGAGGAGGAGGAGUGGGCCCCAUCUUUGGCCGAGGAGAGCAGGGUCCUGGGGGCGGAGGAGCUCAGGCAGCUGGCCCCUCAUCUCCCCCCACGAGUGACCUGUUGCCCGUGGACCCUACUAUUCUGCACGGCCCGCGACGGAUUCAGCCUGCGGACGCUCUACCGGAGGAUGGAGGGGCUCAGCGUGGCCGUGCUGCUUGUGGUCCGGGACACCGCCGGACAGAUAUUCGGGGCUUUCUCCUCGACGGCCAUCCGCAUCAGCAGCUGCUUCUACGGCACCGGGGAGACCUUCCUCUUCUCCUUCUCCCCCGAGCUCAAGGUGUUCAAGUGGACGGGAAGCAACUCCUUCUUCGUCAAAGGCGACGUGGAUCAGCUGGCGAUUGGCAGUGGCGGGGGCCGGUUCGGGCUGUGGCUGGACGGAGACCUGAACCACGGCGGGAGCCAUCCCUGCGCCACCUUCGACAACGAGGUGUUGUCUCACCGGGAGGAAUUCUUCAUCCAGGAGCUGGAGGCCUGGGCCCCGAGCUGAGGCCCGGCCCCCCACGCCACCCCGCGGACUCUGCCCGUCCCCCUCAAUUAAAAUCCCGACCCAGGCCGACCCCGCCGACCGAGCACGUGUGGACGAGACAAGGCCUUCCGGUGGGCGCCGCGGCCGGAAAGACUCGGAGCCGAGUCGCCCCGGUGGGACGGGGGUGAAGCCGGGAGGACGGACGGGAUUCCCGUGCCCGCUCCUCGGUGAGGGCGGGCGACGGCCUGCGGGGUUGGGAAAGGAGGCCAGGCCCAGAAGGAACGGCGGGACGGAAGGAAGAGAGGGAGGACCGAGGUACAUUCAGGAGGUUUUAUUGUUAAGGGUCACCGGACCCCGCUGGGCAGAGAGACCCCGCGGCCCCCUUCCCGCCGGCCGAAGGUCCCACACCCUGAAAUCCGGGCCACGGGGACGGGGCGGGGUGAGAUGCUGACUUUUGCACAGUAAAAUCAAAAGA